GUAGUUCGUUUUAAACCGGACCAUCUGUAAACACAACUGCUGGCGUCUGCACAUUGUCCUGAAGUUCGACGCUUUGUGUAUAUUUGUUUUCACUAAGUCGAGGCCAUCAGACGGUAUAUCUAGUUGUCACAAUGAGCAAGAGGAAAGCUCCCACAUCUGAUAAUGUCAAUUCGGAAUUCUGCGACUUUUUAAUGGAGUUGGCCAACUAUGAAAAAAAUGUGAAUCGUGCAAUGCACAAAUACAAUGUCUAUAGAAAAGCAGCAGGAGUUCUGGCCAAACAUCCGACACGAAUCACCACAGGGAAUGAGGCCAAAAAGCUUGAUGGAAUUGGAGAUAAAAUCGGAAAAAAAAUUGAUGAAUUUGUCAAGACAGGAAAACUAGUAAAGCUAGAAAAGAUACGAGCCGAUGACACCAGUGUGGCCAUUAACGCCUUGACUAAAGUGACUGGUAUAGGGCCUGCUGCAGCCCAGAAACUUGUACAGGAGGGCAUUAUGUCUGUGGAAGAUCUCAGGAAGCAUACUGAUAAACUCAACCAUCACCAGCAGAUUGGACUCAAAUAUUAUGAAGACUUUGAAAAAAGAAUUCCGAGACAUGAAGUCAUUCAACUAAGGGAUGCUGCUGUGAAGGAGAUAAAUACACUGGACAGUGAAUACAUGUGUGAAGUGUGCGGCAGUUUCCGUCGAGGUGCUUCUUCCAGUGGUGACAUAGAUAUUUUGUUGACUCAUCCCUCGUUCACUUCCGAGUCAGGCAAAAAGCCCAAGGUGCUGGCCCAAGUGGUAGAGAAGCUGGAGGCCAGUGGACUGGUCACCGACAGGCUCUCACUGGGAGAUGUCAAGUUCAUGGGUGUGUGUCAGCUGGGAGAUACUGACAGCCAGAAAGACCGAGCUUUCCAGCGUAUUGAUAUUAGGUUGAUACCCAACGACCAGUACUUCUGUGCCCUGAUCUACUUCACUGGCAGUGACCAGUUUAACAAGGGCAUGCGGGCACAUGCAUUGGAACAGGGCUUCACUCUCAAUGAGUACUGUUUAAGGCCAGUUGGUAGUACAGGCACACCAGGAGAGCCACUCCCGGUAUCCUCUGAGGAGGACAUCUUUGAUUACCUUGGGAUGGAGUUUAAAAAACCAGCAGAAAGAAAUCUGUAGUCAUUAUAACUAAAGCUAUAAGGACAUUCUGUGUAGCUGAGAUCAAUUUGUUAACGAUGCCUUGAGAGAAUGUUCAGAUGAAAUAACAUACUUGAAAGACUGAAUUUUACACACCAACUGUAGGAUUAGAAUAAAUGUAGUCUCAGAUGGCUUGUCUUAUUUAUUGACAUUCUAGUGUAUGUAUGAAAUAGUUAUCUUAUCCAGUAGCUGCCAUACCUGUUGUACUGCUGCAGAGAAGUAUUGGGUGAGCUAUAAUGGCAAUAUAAAGGGUGAAUGUGUGCAUGUCUUUAUACCACCCUGUGAGAACUGAUGCUAGGAUAAUUGUCUUUAUAAAUGAUUUAGUUACAUGAUAAGGUUAGUUGUAAGGUUCCAAUUUACAUGUUCGUAUUUGUGAUUUGUGAAUUAUGUUCAGUGUAUGCAGCAUCCAUUAUUAAAUGUUUACUCUCAAAUAUUUCUUUGCUUUGCAAGGUUCUGGAAACUUUUACAUUUGUUGAAGACAACUUUGAAUUGAAAUGUUUGUGAUUUACUGGGUCUGAAGGGCCAUAGUGAGCUAUGCUGUAUGUACUGUGGCAUCCGUCGUCUCUCCAUCAACAAUCUCUUCUGAAUUGCCGAUUGGAAUUUAACCAGAUUUGACUGGAAGCAUCCCUAGGUGUUAGGGAUACAACAUGGUACCAUUGGUGAGGCUGAGAGGCGGGCCAAAGAGGGGUAAUUUGGCAAUGUUGCUUUAAAUGACUUUUCCUCUAGAACUGGCCCCGAGCCUGGCCCCACAACUCGAGACAUCAUUACAGGGUCCUAUUUUAAAUGGUUGGAAUCCCCACCACAUAACCCUAUAUAAAACUGCUGGGCCAUAAAAAGACAAACACAAUCAUGAUAUUAGAAUUGACCCAGGGGUCUGGCCACAACCUUAGGGACUUAGUUUCUGGUUCACAACUUAGAAAGUAGAAACAGUCAGUCGAAGUUUCCAUCCUAGAACUACUUACAUGAAUGUAGUUACUGUGCAUGAAAGUUCAAUUACAGAUAUACAACCAGGUAUAACCUCAGGGUUUUGCCUUGCACAUAGGAACUUGGUCCCUGGGUCAUUACAUUGUUAGGGGACCCAAAAUGGAACACUUUCUGAAGGAAAAUAUAAAUAUUUCCUAUAAAGUUUUUGAAAGACCUUUUUUUUUUACUGAAAUGAAACAAUACAUGUCUUUUACUUUUUAUGUAAUUCUUGGGUAUCACUAGCUCUUGUGUCUAUUUAUAGAUCUUGUUAAAGUGAGUGGGAUUCACUUGGAGAUUUUACCUGGUCAAGUACCCAAAAUGGAACACUUCAUCAUAGAAGUCAGUUCAUGAAAAUAACUGACAGCAUUAGAAAUAAUUUUCUUCAUUUCAAAAAUGUUUUGACAAUUUCUUUGUUUGAACAUACAGUUUUUCAUGUUAAGAAAUAUGAUAGGAUAUUUAUGUUGUAUACCGUACUGUCUCCCAGGAAAAAAAAUUCAUUUCAAUUUUUUAAUAUUUCAACUGAGUUAUGAGCAAUGUUUCAGAGGAAGGCAGAUGAAAUUUGCUAAAAGAUCCAUAAAACUACAUUAUGUAUAUAAAUCUUGAUUGAGAAUACAUACCACUCAUUCUUUUGGCAAAAUAGAAAAUGCUGCAUCAUAUAUAUCUAAAGUGUUCCAUUUUGGGUACCCUCACCCUAUGGUUCAGAUCCCUACCCCGUAACCUUAUAUGUAAUUGAUGGGCAUGAAAAAUCAUAUAUAGAUAUGUUACCAGGAUUGGCCUUGGGGUCUGCCCCAUCCCUGGUUACUUACCCUGUCUCUUGGAUCUUAUUUGUAUACAGUACUACUUUUAAUGAGGAUAUUUUGCCUAAUUGUUUAAAGGUAGGGUCAACGCCUAUGGAGAUUUAACAUUAGCGUCGGCCCCCACUAAGAAUUUCAAAACAAGAUAAA